CUGUGAGGUACAGUAUUGAGUGAAUGAGUGAACACAACAACACUAUUAUAGUUACGGAAUAUUAAUGUAUCGAUGAAUGCAUUGAAUUACUGUUCAAAUCACUGGUAAUGAGUGCUUAUUGCGAUCAGUGAUCAUGUAAUGCAUGUGAUUGUGGUGUACAUCGAGGCUCACAAUUAACAGGCAUUAGUGUUGUCCGCAAAUAGCCUACAAUAGUGAUCAUUAUCAUCAGAGUGUGACACUUGUGACCAUUGUUUGCAGACACAGCCAUUGUGGUGAACACACAGACACUGAUGUAUUGAUGACGUAUUGAGGAUGUGUUGAGUGACCAUCAGAUGAAGUGGUGGUGCGAUUGUGUCCAUACAUCCAUACCAUAGCUUAGUGUAUGUGAUAACCAAACAAUACUUAUGCUGAAGGCUCUGAGGAAACACUUAAAGGCAUCUAAAAAGAGCACCACUUUUAUGCAAUACAUGCGGAUCAACAGGAAAGAGGAUCAGUUGGACAACAAUUGGAUUAAC